AUGGAACCGGGCGAGGACCCCCACGACCCUUAUCCGCUGCAUAGUCUCUUGCAGCUUUACGUGGAUGACCGCGCCGCUUAUGACGUAGUGUACAAAUUUGUGUACAAACGAUGUCUACAGGAAGCGUAUGCGGACGUCAGAGCUUCUCUAGUGAACUUCUUCGAGACGUACUUGGCUGCAAACGGGAGUUUGCGAGAAUACUGGCAAGCAACGCAGAAAGUCAUGAAGGCUACGCUUUACUUUGAUAGAAAAUGCAAGGACGGCACCCGGGACGUGGCGGCGCUAGUCGUCCUAAGGAGGCUUUUCCGCAGCUCCUGCGGGCGCCAGGCCGCCGGCUACGAGGAGUGUAAUGAGAUACUCCAGUCAGGACAAUUGCGGGAUGACUUGCUGGCGGAUGGCUCUGUUGUUCGUUCGCCUGACGCCUUUUGGGUUUUGAGGGGGCUUCUUGGGGCCCACCUAGGGCUCCAGAUAUUCUUAGCAGCAUACCCAGAAUACCUGCAAACCAAGAUAUGCUCUGCGUUCGACGUCGGGUUGAAACCCACCUUGGUCCGUUCUGCCUUCCUUGAAACUCAGGCUACACGGAGUACACUGCUCAGUCGUCCGAGGCUGCUGAGCUCUGGUUACUCGUUCGUCGCUGAGACCUUGGGUAUGUAUUUCAGCGAGCUGGGUCACUUGGACGACUUAUUAAAGGAGCAAGGGGCCCCUGGUUGUAGUAUUGCACACUUCAAUACUGCACACUUCAAUACUGCACACUCCAAUACUGCACACUUCAAUAAUGCACACUCCAAUACUGCACACUUCAAUAAUGCACACUUGAACAAUGGACAGUCUGGUAAUGAGUACUCCAGUAAUGUUGCGCAUGGAACAGAACGGUGUUGCGAAGACGGGGUGGACUGGGCCGCCCUUCAGCUGCGGCUGGAACGCCACGACUUCGUGGUUUGUGGACGGACCGACCAACGACGGCCGAAUUUGUCCUCGCAGGUAAACGAUACUCACAGGGAAAUAACACCUGUCCUGACGCAAUCGUUCGAAAGGGAGGUGCGGCACCGGGUUCGCGACUGUCUCCGAGAGGCCUGGGAGGCGUACGUGACGGCCAACAACGCAGCUUCUCGGCUUCUGGAUACUUAUGACCUGGACAAGCUGUUGGCAAUUGGCCUUGAACCCACCCCAGUAGGCCUUAUUACCAAAAGCUCAACCUCGAAGGUCCCGACCGCCAAAAGCUUUGGCGGUCUGAGACAAGUUCUCCGUCGCCGUGGCCUCAAAACCGCAUUUCUGGUCACCAAUGUAGGUUUCGACGAAUGUAAUGGUGGAAUUGAGGGUGGGUCGGCUCACGGCCGCCGGGCGACACUGACUGUCAGAUUCAACUCGACCCGCUGUGGAGCUCGUCUGUAUUGCCGCAUGCGGAGUUUCAAACCCAGGUCACGGCUGAAGCUAGCCAGGUCGUCAACACCGCGGUGUCAAAGCCCGGCCCAGCCUGCGGAGGCCGCACAAAUCCUGCGCAUUCUUUCCCGGUGGAUGGCACUGAGCGGAGAAACCAACAAGGAGUAUAAAACGGCGAUUGAAUCCGUGCUCCAACGAAGUUUAUUCCCGACGUUGUGGGCCGACGGGGGAGAUGGAGGUGGAGUACCAAGUGGAGCUGACCUCGAAAAUUCCAAGGACAUCCUGUUUAAGCUGUGCAAGCAGAUGGGACAGAUAGAGGACAAGCUGCAACAUCUUUUCGCUCCUAUACAGAUUGAAGACAUCCGUGUACAAUAUUCCUGCCAACCCGUGGACGACUGCUCAGGUCACGAUCAAGAGUUCCAUCACCACGAGCUGGGUUACGACGGUGAGUUACGCGAUCGCGAGUUGUACGACUUCACGUUAUCCUUAUGGCAUGGCUUUCUGGUCCGGCAUCGGAAUCGGAUAUUGAGCCAGGUAGGUGUAUGGAUGUUGCGUCACGGAGUGCACUGGGAGACAUGUUCUCUUCGGCUACAAGGACCUGCCCCUUCCUUGAAGGAAACAAGCAGCCAGAAGACACUCGGACCGAAUGUGAAGGUGGCAGAGGUACAUGCCCCGGACGACAAAGACACCGUGGGUAAAUGGGCACUUGGAGGGGAUACGAAGGAGUACCUAGAUAGCAAACAGUUAAGGGGGGAAGAUAGCAAACAGCUAAGGGGGGAAGAAGCGCAAGCAGCAUGGGAACGCUUACCGGGGCGUUGUCUACCGGAGGAUUGCCUGCCAGUUGCAUUAAGGACUACGGAUCAGCUCAUGAGCUUGCAAGAAGGAUUCAUCGAUGUUCUGUUAAGGGCCCAUGAAGCUGUUCUAAACACAGACGCAACUUCGUAUCCGACGACUGGACCCGGGUCUAAUUCGGAACAGGGACCAGGGGCACCAGGCCAGUCUUUCCGCGUGGAGAAGCUCGUGCUAUCCGAUUGGUUGUCUGCACUCGGCAAUGCUGCACGCGAAGAACAGCAAGUUCAAAAACUUCUGGGCAACCUCGGGAUACAACUGGGCUUGGAUGGCGAACUGCCAAGUCGACUGGUGUCCAAGAGCAAGCUAAUGCGACCCGUUGUGGUCCGACUGGAAUCUGCCCGCAUGCAAGUUUCCACGCACAGAGGAAUGGAGUUCUGCAUUUGCUUAUUAAACCGAUAUAGUACAGAUCGCUAUGAGACGAUUGAUGCCAUCGAUACUCGGCAGAUGAGUUGUGUAGUGCGACAGAUUGGAGCCCGCAAUGCCACAUUCCAAUGGGUGUUAGACCGAGGUGUAUGCACGUUUAGUUAUAAGGGUCGAACUUUGAUUUGCUCAACUGGAGCUGGUAUCAUCCUCGAUGCGAUCUCGGACGUAAUUUCGACCCGUACAUCAUCCCCGAAUUCUACAUGUCAACGGAGUGAUGAAGAAGUCGAAGUAGUCGUUGACACUGAGUGUCAGCCAAACAAAGGUAAGACAGACAACCAAGAGAUGUGGUUAGCUGGGCCAGCGGCUCCUGACUGGGUUUAUCUUGGUGACAAGGAGUUAAUGCGUCGUUGUGGAUUCCGUCAUACACGGCAAUACCACCAGUAUAUGGCUGAGCUUCUCAGCGUGGGAAUAGUUUGUUAUGCCUGGGGAAAGGAGCCGGCGUCGGUUGCGGAAAAGAAGUCAAUGGAAGGCUAUUUGCAGCUGAACCUGCAGUGGGAUGGCCCUCAGGCUCUACCCCGUGCUUCUCUAGCAAAGAAGCAUAACGGGCAGACUGAGAGGCCGCUUACUCCGUCUUCAAUGAGUGAUCCAGGUCUUGCCGCCGAUCUGGGUGUUGCCGAUCCUGUUAUUGCCGAUCCGGUUGUUGUCGAUUGUCGGAUUGCGCAGAUCGUGAAGAGGAAUGGGCGCAUUUCUGAAGCGAGGCUUGUCGAGGAGCUGAUGACCACUGGGCGGCGUUUGUUUGGUCUGUCCAGAGCCAUGAUCUCGUCGAGGCUCCAGGUGUUGAUUGACAAAGAAAUCAUUCGCCAUGAUCAGGCCAAUGACACCCUCAUGCUUACGUUCAGUGACCAAUAG